AGUACAAGAGAAAACGAAUCCGAGCAACAAUAACACAUUUACACAUUUCGCUCAAGCACGCUUUGGAUCCUCUACAUACAAAUACUCGCUCAAACAGAAAGGCCUCUGUUAUAACAGACCUGUCGAGUGGGGCAGUGGAGAGUGGCUCUCGUGGUAUGACUACUACAAACAAGGGCAACAAAGCACUGAAGGUGAAGCGAGAGCCAGGUGAAAAUGGCACAAGUCUUACGGAUGACGAGCUGGUGUCUAUGUCUGUGCGGGAGCUGAACCAGCACUUGCGUGGUCUGUCCAAGGAGGAGAUCCUGCAGUUGAAACAGCGGCGGCGCACGCUCAAAAACCGUGGCUAUGCCGCCAGCUGCCGCGUCAAACGUGUCACACAAAAGGAGGAGCUGGAGAAACAGAAGGCGGAGCUUCAGCAGGAGGUGGAGAAGCUUGCCUCGGAAAAUGCUAGCAUGAAGCUGGAGCUUGAUGUGCUGCGCUCCAAAUAUGAGGCUCUCCAGAGUUUUGCCAGAACUGUGGCCCGCAGCCCUGUUGCCGCUGCCAGGGGCCCAAUCACAUCUGUCAUAGGGCCCCUCAUACCAGGCAAAGUGGCCGCCACCAGUGUCAUCACCAUUGUCAAGUCCAAAACAGAAGCACGGUCAUAAUGCACAAACGGGGAACAUUUGUAAGUAUAUUGGUCAGCGUAUUCAUCAGGCACAGGGUUACUUAUGUUAUAUGACGUGAUAAAAUUCAGCAAGAUGACCUGCUCUGUGACCAUAAAAAAUCUAAACAGACAACACUAAAGUCUCUCUGAUGUCAUUUACAACCCUUGUUGUUAAUGAACAACAAUUGUUAUCAACGUAUCAUUAAUCAGAAUAUUACACACUUGAGGUUCACACAAACAUUAUUAAAAACA